AUGGAAAUAAGUUCUCAAUCUACUCUUCCUCCAGGGUUCCGAUUUCAUCCUACCGACGAAGAGCUCAUCGUUUACUAUCUUCGAAACCAGACCAUGUCCAAGCCGUGCCCUGUCUCCAUCAUUCCAGAAGUAGAUAUCUACAAAUUCGACCCCUGGCAAUUACCCGAGAAAACAGAAUUUGGAGAGAAUGAGUGGUACUUCUUCAGCCCGAGAGACAGAAAAUAUCCAAACGGAGUACGGCCAAACCGGGCAGCUGUUUCCGGUUAUUGGAAAGCAACCGGUACAGACAAAGCCAUUCACAGUGGUUCGAGUAACGUGGGUGUCAAGAAAGCUCUCGUCUUCUACAAAGGUCGACCUCCUAAAGGAAUCAAAACUGACUGGAUCAUGCACGAGUAUCGUCUCCUUGAUUCACGUAAAGCAUCCACCAAACGUAAUGGUUCCAUGAGGUUAGACGAAUGGGUGUUGUGUAGGAUAUACAAGAAGAGAGGAGCAGCGAAGCUUCUAGGAGAACCAGAGGGUUUUGUGGAUGAAGUACAAGUCGAUGAGACAGCGAUUGUUACGGAUGAAGCAGAGAGAAGAAAUGAGGAUCAAGAGAUGAGGAUGAUGACGUCGACGAAACUUCCAAGAACGUGUUCGCUUGCCCAUUUGUUGGAAAUGGAUUACAUGGGACCCAUCUCUCACAUUUUAACACCGUUCGAUCUUCAUCAUCCUGGCUCGAACACCAUGAACGAGUCUGGUUGGUUCGGAGAUUUACAGAUUAACCAAGACGAGAUCUUCAACCAUCAUCGUCAGGCUAAUAUGUUUCAGUUUUAG